ACCGGAAGUGUCCCGAGUGGAGGCGGAACCUGGGCGGAACAAGCAGCAGGUUUUGUGGCGACUAGCUGGUUGUGACCUAACUGCUGUGAUCUGGUGAUACUUCAACACUGCAUCUAAAGUAAGCAAUAACCAUCCGACCACAUUCAGUUUCUUGGCUUAUUAACGAUUUUCCAGAAGAACGUCUGAACUGAAAUUCUCGUUGUGUCGCUACGAAAGCUAAUUUAUCCAACUGUCACAUUAUGCUUUAUACCAACUCACACUAAUAAGAUAUCAUGUCUGAAUUAUUAGCUAAUGUUAUGCUUCUUUCCUUCGUUUUAGUGUUCAAUUUAAAUGUUCAUCUCUGAAUAAAAGCCUGAUACCUGUCUUCAUAAAUGCUGAACUUUGACCCAUGAGCUAUGCUAACUGGACACGUAGCAUCAACAUUAGCAAGUUUUGGUAGAAUUCGUAAAUGGGUGCAGUUAACCGUGAUCGUUAGCAGGUCAGGUUUUCUUCGCACGUUUUUACUGAUAAUAUAUCAACGUGACGGAUGUGGAGACAAAGCUGUACUUUAAUCAGGCUUCAAGUGUAAAACUUUCUGAUUGAAACUGGGACCAUUCUGGUAAAAAUGGCAUAAUCGAGGCUACAAAUGUGACCUAAAGGUCAGCGUCACGUUUUAUAUCGGCAGGAGUGACAGUAGUUGUUACACAGGACUAAACCAUUAGAAGUAAAGCUGUCCGGAUAUUGAUGUCUUUGUCACUGUCGUGGCAGUUUGACUUUGCACUUGACAGCAGAGGUUUCGCCUGAACUUCAGCUAACCAGCCAAGUCCGUGGUCAUGUGCAGGCAUGCGCUGUUUUCACCUUUCACACAGAUAACGCCUCUUUCUAACAGGCCCCAGAACCUGAAUUUCACUUAAUGUGUGUUUGAGCUGCAAGUGACUGACACACAGUCAGCGUCACAUUUUUGUUAAAGAACUUGAGUUAUGCAAAGUUCAUAGAACGAGGUCAACGACCCUCCACCACUAACCCUGAAUCCAAGCAGAUCCACCUGCCGUUAGGGAACGAGUAACAGGCCCGAGCUCUGCCUUCCUGUCAGUCUUCAUUUGGUUUGAAAAGAUGUCGGCAGCUGUGAAAAAUCCUUUUGAGCACAUCGUUGAGCCUCUGGACCCCAAACACCCAGAGCAGCAGUUUUUCAAUCUAUCCAAGCUUGGAGAUCCCAGAUAUGACCGUCUGCCGUUCUCCAUCCGGGUCCUCCUGGAAUCUGCCGUCAGGAACUGUGAUGAGUUUCUAGUGAAGCGUUCGGAUGUGGAAAGCAUCCUGAACUGGAAGCAGACGCAGUUCCAGACUGUGGAGGUGCCGUUCAGGCCGGCGCGGGUCAUCCUCCAGGACUUCACCGGUGUUCCUGCUGUGGUCGACUUCGCUGCCAUGCGUGACGCAGUGAUGAAACUCGGUGGCGACCCAGAAAAGAUUAAUCCAGUUUGUCCCGCUGACCUCGUCAUUGAUCAUUCCAUCCAAGUGGACUUCAACAGGAAGUCUGACAGCCUUCAGAAAAAUCAGGAUCUGGAGUUUGACCGCAACAAAGAAAGAUUUCAGUUUCUAAAGUGGGGCUCCAAAGCCUUCAGAAACAUGCGAAUUAUUCCUCCUGGUUCAGGAAUCGUUCACCAGGUCAACCUGGAGUACUUGGCCCGCGUGGUGUUUAACCAGGAUGGGCUCUUGUAUCCGGACAGUCUGGUGGGCACCGACUCUCACACCACCAUGAUCGAUGGUCUGGGCGUCCUGGGCUGGGGUGUGGGUGGGAUUGAAGCAGAAGCUGUUAUGUUGGGUCAGCCAAUCAGCAUGGUGCUCCCCGAGGUGGUGGGCUACAAGGUGCACGGCGCUGCGGAUAAGUUCAUCACGUCCACCGACAUCGUCCUGACUGUUACCAAGCACCUCCGUCAGGUGGGCGUGGUAGGAAAAUUCGUGGAGUUCUUCGGCCCGGGUGUGGCUCAGCUGUCGAUCGCUGACAGAGCCACCAUCGCCAACAUGUGCCCAGAGUACGGCGCCACGGCAGCCUUCUUCCCCGUGGACGAUGUCAGCCUUCAGUAUCUGGAACAAACCGGACGGGAACCAGAGAAGUUAGCAUACAUUACCAAGUACCUGAAGGCGGUGGCCAUCUUCAGAGACUACAAUGAUGUUUCCCAGGAUCCAGAGUUCACUCAGGUUGUAGAGCUGGAUCUGAGCACGGUGGUUCCCUGCUGCAGCGGUCCCAAAAGACCUCAGGACAGAGUUCCCGUGUCUGACAUGAAGAAAGAUUUUGAAGUUUGUCUGGAAGCAAAGCAAGGCUUCAAGGGCUUCCAGGUGGCUCCGCAGCACCACAACGCUACAGCCCCCUUCCAGUUCAACGGAAAGGAGUACGCGCUGAGUCACGGCUCGGUGGUUAUCGCUGCCAUCACGAGCUGCACCAACACUAGCAACCCAUCCGUCAUGCUGGGAGCAGGACUCCUGGCAAAGAAAGCAGUCGAGUGUGGUUUGAGUGUGAAGCCGUACAUAAAAACCAGCCUGUCCCCUGGCAGCGGAGUGGUGACCUACUACCUGAGAGAGAGCGGCGUCAUGGACUACCUGUCUCAGCUCGGCUUUGAGGUUGUUGGCUAUGGUUGCAUGACGUGUAUAGGCAACAGUGGGCCGCUCCCAGAACCAGUGGUGGAGGCCAUAACCCAGGGGGAUCUGAUCGCUGCAGGCGUCCUUUCAGGCAACAGAAACUUUGAAGGACGAGUGCAUCCCAACACCAGAGCCAACUACCUGGCUUCCCCACCGCUCGUCAUCGCCUAUGCACUGGCUGGCACAGUGAGGAUAGACUUUGACAAUGAGCCCAUUGGGAUGAGCUCUGAAGGCAAAGAUGUUUUCCUCAGGGACAUCUGGCCCACUCGAGAGGAAAUCCAGGCUGUGGAGAGAAUGUUCGUCAUCCCAUCCAUGUUCAAAGAGGUUUAUGAGAAGAUCGAGCACGUGAAUGAACGCUGGAACUCGCUGGCUGCUCCCUCUGAUAAACUCUACACCUGGGACCCCAAAUCAACCUACAUCAAGUCUCCGCCCUUCUUUGAUGGUUUGACCAGGAAGCUGCAGCCUCCUGCCUCCAUCACAGAUGCCUGUGUGCUUCUGAACUUGGGAGACUCGGUCACAACCGACCACAUUUCACCUGCGGGGAACAUCGCCAGGAACAGCCCCGCAGCACGCUACCUGACCAGCAGGGGUUUGAACUCCCGAGACUACAACUCGUACGGCUCUCGGCGAGGUAACGACGCCGUUAUGGCCAGAGGGACGUUUGCCAACAUCCGUCUCUUCAAUAAGUUUCUCAACAAGCAGGCGCCACAAACCAUCCACCUGCCGACAGGAGAAACGCUGGACGUGUUCGAUGCUGCAGACCGGUACCAGCAGUCCAGAAUCCCUUUGCUCGUUCUCGCAGGGAAGGAGUACGGCUCCGGGAGCUCCAGGGACUGGGCUGCAAAGGGCCCCUUUCUGCUGGGGAUCAAGGCUGUCCUGGCAGAGAGCUAUGAGCGGAUCCACCGCAGUAACCUGGUGGGGAUGGGAGUGAUUCCUCUGGAGUAUCUACCAGGAGACACGGCCGACAGCCUGGGUCUGACCGGCAGAGAGCGCUACACCGUGGUCAUCCCUGAGCUGCUCACACCCAGGAUGGUCGUAGACAUCAAGCUCGACACGGGGAAAACAUUCCAAGUGCGCCUGAGAUUUGACACGGAUGUGGAGCUGGCAUAUUUCCGGCAUGGAGGCAUCCUCAACUACAUGAUCCGCAAGAUGUCCGAGUCCUAACUGAUGUGUCACUGUGGGCUACACAGCAUAACUGUAGUGUGUGUGAUUCUGGUUUUACUACUGGUGCCAGCAGCUGUGUUUGAAUGGCAAAGCAGACUGGUGAUGAUGAGUAUUUAUUAACCGUACUAAAGAUAAGAUGAAGCUUGAUUCAAACACGGGAAACAGCAUCCGCCUCAGUCCAGGGCUCAGCCUCAGCAGCUUUACUGCUUUUAUUCUGCACAUGAAGGUGACCCGUUCAGUCAGGUUUGCCUGGCCCACCGUGCUGUAACCAUCCUGCUUUAUGAACCAUCAGCUGUGUAUGUCACAGACAUGCUGUCGGUCCUUAAAGCAAAGACGUCCCCCUGUGCCAUAAGACCAAGUGCUUCUUCAUUUUAAGGCUUCCUUCUUGUUGUUGACCUCGUGGACCACAGUUAGCAUCACACACAUGUCAGCAGCAGCCAGACCUGCACCUAGGGCUGUUCGAUGUGACCAUGUGUAUGACGAUGUAAAAACCUCUGUCGAUUCCUAUCACGCUAUCGUUUGUUUCGUGGUGUCGCAAAAUAAACAGUUUACUGCAUAUUUGUUCAUGGUUCUGAUGUCACUGUAGUAUUAAUUUCUUAAGUUCUCUCUUUCUCUUAUAUAACAUAACCACACUACAGACGGACAAGCGCCUCUUUUUACAUGUUGUUGUUAGCAACAACAACGGUAACACCAUCGCGUGGCUCCGCUGUCCGCUUGCUUGUUUUCCACGUAAGCCUUUCACAAUAAAGCUCAAGAUCCUGUUGAGACUUUUCAAAAUAAACCGAAUCACGUGAAAGAUGCAGAGUAUUUACGGAGGAGAAGCAAAAAAGAGCCGUCAGGUGCUAAAAAUAAACCUCAGCCUGAAACUUUGAGAGAAAACAGCGGCCGUUACAACUUAUGUUAUACAAAAUGUUUCAUGCAUCGGUUGAAACACUCGACUGCAGCUACAGGACGCCCAGCUGGAAAAACUAAACGCCAGUCGAGCUGCACGAGAUUCACAGGAAAUAUCACAUGUUUGUGAUUUAUAUCGUUGCCAGGACGAUAAAUGUCUUAUAUAUGAGAUUGUGGUCAUAUCGCGCAGCCCUACGUGCACCGAUGACAGCAUAAAUAUGGUGACAAUGACCUCGUUAGGUGAUGUAGUCGUUCAGCAGGCAGUUUUUAAAAAGCUGCUCUCAGACUCACAGCCAGUGUUUUAACUGGAAACUGAACGUUUCUCCCAGUUAUCCCUGCUGGGAUUAAAACCUUCAGUCCAUCCUCGCUGUCUGCGUGAAUCCUUUCUUCACACAUGUUGCUGUUGUCCUGCUUUUCAUGGCUCUGAGAAUCACAGUUUUUGUAGCUCUCACAUGUCCGAUGAAGUCUCAGAAAUAAAAGCUGGUUUCUGGC